UUUCGUUCGCAGCAGCAGCUGAAGACCGCUGUAGCUAGCGGUUUGAGCUGCAUAGUAAUUUUCGUGCAAUUUAGCAUUCAUGACAGAGUGUAGCUAGCUAGCUAGACAAGCGGCGUCCCAAGACAAGAUUCGGUUCAUUCAGUCCUGCAGUCGGCAAAUGACAUUAGGUACGCUAGCGGACGGCGACAUAAAAACCGAAGACACGAGAUACCUCGCUGACCGGAAAGUGGACCGAGACUGUUGCCCGUUCUCCUCCGCUCGUCUUCGAGCUCAAAGUCACUCAAUGCUGCGCUCCUCUCGCUCGCUCUCGGCGCAGCACCUCGGCUCCGACUAACUAGAUAGUUGUUCAUGUUCUUGUUGUUAUCUAAGCUCAGGUUCAAAACAAGGACACCAGCGAUACGUUUUUGACAUUUGACUACCGAGAGACACCGAUCCACGGAGAGAGACGGGUCGGGACCAGGCGGCGAAGCGAGGGUUGGCCGGAUAAAGUAGUGGGUCGCCUCCAACCCUUGCUGGUGGAUUUAUUCCUAGAUACAAGCAUCACCAUGGAUUGGUUAAUGGGGAAGUCUAAGACGAAGCCCAAUGGGAAGAAGCCGCCAGCGGAAGAGAAGAAGCAGUAUCUGGAGGCAGAGUUCACUAAAGUACGCGUGGUGGACUUCGACCUGAAAGAGCUGGUGCUGCUGCCCAGGGAGAUAGACCUCAACGAAUGGCUCGCCAGCAACACGACGACCUUCUUCAAUCUAAUAAACCUGCAGUACAGCACCAUCUCAGAGUUCUGUACUGGGGACACCUGUCAAGCCAUGACGGCCUGCAACACAAUAUACUACUGGUAUGACGAGAGGGGGAAGAAGACAAAAUGCACUGCCCCUCAGUACGUCGACUUCGUCAUGAGUCUGGUGCAGAAGCUGGUCACAGAAGAGGAAAACUUCCCUACGAAAUAUGGCAAAGAGUUCCCCAACUCGUUUGACUCUUUGGUAAAGAAGAUUUGCCGGUACCUCUUCCACGUCCUGGCUCACCUCUACUGGGCUCAUUUUAAGGAGACAGUGGCUCUGGACCUGCAGGGUCACUUGAACACUCUGUACGCACAUUUCAUUGUUUUCGUAAGGGAAUUCAACCUGGUCGACCCCAAGGAGACCUGUAUCAUGGACGACCUGUCCGAAAUCCUCUGCGCCCCCGUGCCCCCCACCCCAGCACCCGCCUCCCCUAACUCGGCCCCCUCCCCCUCCCCACACAACCAUGUGACGGAGAGAUGAGCAGGGGUUGCCGUGACAAGCAGCCCCGGGAAGAAGACGGUAGAAGAUUAAGAUAGAGAAGAGAUGGAAACGUUCCUGGUCCCCUUCCUAGACCUCAGGCUCCAGCAGCAGGACUUAGAAACCUUCCACUAACCUGAUAUUUCACUGACACCAACCAGCCGGAAGGAAGGUUUAUUUGAGGGGGGGGGGGGGGGGGGGGGUGUUGUCACGCCAACAGGAAUUGGUGUGAGCGUGUUCCUUCCAGGGGCAAAUCCCUCCCAUCUGCUCUGCAAUUUAAACUAGGAACAAAUAUGUAAUGUUUUUUAUUUUAAUUUUGGUUUUAUUUGACUUUUAUUUUAUUCUGUUGGAAAAGUUUUAUUCAGUUGUAUUUGUUUUUCUCAUUUGAGACAGUGUUUCUGUUUGCCCUUCUCUCCCUCUGUUCUCUGCCUAAAGUACAGUUCAGGAUGGUGACUGCUUUGCUUGAACGUACUAUUGUACAGUGUUAUUGUGUGGAGAAAAGGUGACUCAACAAUGAGUAUUGGCUCUUCGCUCCUGCCUAGUGGUGGGAGGAUUGAAGGGGGAAGGUCUAUAGGGAGCCAGGUUACUACCUAGUGGGACAAUACUAGCCAAUCACUGUUUGAGUUGUUAAUCUGGAGAUGAUUAAAGCGCUUCCUACUCAGGACCAGAGAGAACACAAGUCACUGCUAUUAUUCUCUCCCACCCUCGCUCUCUCUCUGUCCACAAAACUACUCUGUCCUUUCAAUAUUACAGUUGUCAUUCUCAUAUUACUUUAGUCAUGUAUUCACCUGAGGAACCCCUCUUUAACAUCCCUGUCCCAGAGGCCACCCAUAGGGGGCAGUAUAGACAUAGGGUGGCACUGCCACGCAAACAGGGAGAUAAGAAGAUAUCAAAAUUCUAUGUAAGAUAUUUAAUAUGACCAGACAGACGGGUGCCCAUGUCUGGUGACGGGAGGUUGGUGGAGAGUGGAGACCUCUUCCCCAGGGAACUGCUGUUUGCUGCGGUGUGAUGGAGCGUUGGCCACCCUGCCCUCUCUAGCAGCACAGGAGAAGGACAAGGACAUUGGUAAUGUCUGCAGGCCCAGAAAGAGGAGAGGAAAGGAGGAGUGUGGUGUGCUUUACUGUUCUGUAUUGCUGAAGAAGCCCCCCAGCCCAGCCCCUUGUCUUUUGGGGUUUUAUUUUCCCUUCUAAUGUUAUCCUACACAUAUAUAGAAAAGUGCACGGUCUGCUUCAUCUUCACUGUACAGAGAGUGGAAAGAGGAAUCAGACAGCCUCUGUGUCGAGGGUUUAUUCUUCUCUUAUUUUAUUUAUUUUAAUUUUGUUUUAUUUGCAGGGUUCUUCAGUUCUGGCUUUCAUUUUUAUGUAUUUUAAUUAUUAACUAAGUUAAAAGCAAUUUAAUAUUUUAAGCUCUGCUGAUUAUAAUCGAAUAAAAUACAUAAAUGCC